UUGCGGGACGAGGCGGUGGCGGUGGCGGGCGGGGAGAUCGUCGUCCGGUGUGUCGUUCCCGUCGUGGAGGACAGCGACGCGACGUUCCCGGUGCUCGUCAAUAUACAUGGUGGAGGCUGGAGCGUCGGCAGCAUCGAGAUCGACGACUACUUCCUGCGCAAGCUGAGCGUCGAUCUUAAACUGACUACUGUGAAUGUUGCCUACCGUCUCGCGCCGGAGCACCCCUUCCCAAGCGCGGUCGACGACUGUCUCACCGCGCUCAAAUGGGCAAGUCGACCCCGAUUCUCCCUGCACAUCCGAGCCCUCCUCAAAGCAGAUCUCACCAAGGGCUUCCUCGUCGGCGGGCAGUCCGCCGGCGCGAACCUCGCCGCGGUGCUCGCGCACGAGGCGCGCGACGACCCCUUCUUUGCAGGGCCUGGAAGGCAGCUCACCGGCCAGGUCGUCCGUGAGCCCAUGGUCAUCCACCCAGACGUGUACCCCGACGAACUGAAGCCCGCGAUGCGCUCGAUGGCGGAGGACGCUGACCCCGGGCUCCCGCGUACCAUGGUCGACCUGCUCAUCAACUUCUACAGCCCGGUCCCGGAAGACCCGCGCUUCUCGCCGCUGCUGUACGCGUCGCACGUGGGUGUCCCGCGCGCGUUCGUGCAGGGCAUGGGCCGCGACCCCGUGCGCGACGAUGCGCGCGCGUACGCGGCCGCGCUGCGCGCCGCGGGCGUUGCGGUGCGCCAUAUAGAGUACGCGGGUGUGACGCACGGGUUCCAUUACAGCUACCCUGCGAUUAGCGCCGCGGUGCGGGUGCGCGCGGAGCUCGUGGAGGGUAUCCGUUGGUUGCUCGAGGAGGGGGCGUAG